AUGGGGAAGAUUAUCUUCUAUGAGGGAAAUAACUUCUCUGGACGUCAUUAUGAGUGCACCCAUGACUGUUCAGACCUGCUGAGCUUUUUCAGCCACUGCAAAUCUAUCAAGGUGGAGAGUGGCUGUUUUAUGGUCUAUGAAAAACCCAACUACGCUGGAAACCAGUUCUUCCUGAACAGAGGGGAGUAUCCUGAUAUCCAAAACUGGAUGGGAGUGUGCGACUCAGUCAGCUCCUGCCACCUCAUUCCCACGAAAUCGGGGUCAUUCAACGUACGACUGUAUGAGCGGAUAGAGUUUGGAGGUCAGAUGAUGGAUCUGAUGGACGACUGUCCCAGUGUCAUGGAACGCUUCAACGUCCACGACAUCUUCUCCUGCAAUGUGACUGACGGCAACUGGCUCUUCUACGAACACCCAAACUACCGGGGCAGGAUGUACCUGAUAAGGCCCGGGGAGUACAAGAGGUUCAGUGAGUGGGGCGGCAGGAGCGCCAGGGUCGGCUCCAUCAGGCGCAUCAUGGACUACUAA